AUGGCGGAUACGAACGAAACUAUGAGCGUUAAUGACAAGUCAUCGGAUGUGAUCGAUGUAAUUAUUAUUGGCGCUGGAUUUUCUGGAUUAUAUAUGCUAUAUAGAUUACGACAACAAGGAUUUUCAGCAAGAAUCUUGGAAGCUGGUGAUGGAGUUGGAGGUACAUGGUAUUGGAAUCGGUAUCCUGGAGCACGUUGUGAUAUUGAAAGCCUGCAAUAUUCAUACUCUUUUAGUGAAGAAUUACAAAAAGAAUGGAAAUGGUCAGAAGUUUUUGCACCACAAUCAGAAAUUUUAAGUUAUGCUAAUUAUGUUGCUGAUAAAUUCGAUCUACGUAAAGAUAUUCAACUUGGAACGCAUGUUACUGCUGCAAUAUUUGAUGAUAAUCACUCGCGCUGGGAAAUACAGACUAAAUGCGGCAAUCAUCUAUUAACUAAAUUUUGCAUUAUGGCAACAGGCUGUCUUUCUGCUGCUAGAAUUCCUAAUAUUAAAGGACUCGAUCAUUUCAAAGGUAAUUACUAUCAUACUGGUCAAUGGCCACAUGAAGGUGUCAACUUUUCUGGACAUCGUGUUGCAGUAAUUGGUACUGGUUCAUCUGGUAUACAAAGUAUUCCACUUAUUGCUGAACAAGCUAGUCAUGUUUAUGUAUUACAACGAACACCUAAUUUUAGCAUACCGUCACGUAAUCGACCAUUGAAUUCGGAAGAUAGACAAUGGUGGCAAUCGAAUUAUCCUGAAUAUCGGCGUAAAGUUUUGAAAACACGUGGAGGAUUUCUGGUAAAAGAUAUGAACCCGUGUACAGCACAUGAGUUAACACUUGACGAACAGUUAAAAACAUGUGAAACAUAUUGGCAAUUAGGAGGAUUAAAUUUUUUAAUGUCAUUUACUGAUCUAUUGACUGAUAAGAAAGUGAAUGAUACUGUGGCAGACUUUGUACGAAACAAAAUUCGUCAAGUUGUCAAAGAUCCUGCUGUUGCUGAGAGUUUAUCACCAUCCGGUUACGCUAUAGGUGCUAAACGUUUAUGUGUCGAUACGAAUUAUUAUCAGACUUUUAAUCGUGAUAAUGUGACACUUGUCGAUCUUCGUAAUGGAUCCAUUGAUGAAAUUACAGAAACAGGAAUCCGAAUUAAGGACAAAAUUUAUGAAGUUGAUAACAUUGUCUUUGCUACUGGAUUCGAUGCUAUGACUGGACCAUUACUCAAAAUCGAUAUUCGUGGACGUUCUGGUAAAAAGCUUCGUGAUAAAUGGGCAGAAGGACCACGCUCAUAUCUUGGUAUUAUGAUUGCCGAUUUUCCCAAUUUAUUUACAAUAACAGGACCUGGUAGUCCAUCUGUAUUAAGUAAUAUGAUUUCUAGUAUUGAACAACAUGUCGAUUGGAUAGCAGAAUGCUUAAACUAUAUUCGAGUGCAUAAUUAUAAUACCAUUGAACCAACUUUAGAAGCAGAAAAUGCAUGGAUCAAUCAUGUUAAUGAAGUUAGCAAUAUGACAUUAUAUCCUACCGUUCAAUCUUGGUACACAGGAGCCAAUAUUGAAGGAAAACCGAGAAUAUUUAUGCCAUAUGCAGGUGGUCUCAAUGUUUAUCGGCAGAAAUGUAAGGAAAUUGCUGAUAAUGGCUACCAAGGUUUUACCUUCGCCAAUAGUCCAUCGACAUUGUCCGUUACAACUUCCUAA